UGGUGCAUCGACCUGAACUCUGGUUGCGGACAUUGUACAACGACUGUACUUCAAUAACGUAAUAUCUCGUUUCUCAAACGCGCGCGUUGCGGUGAUGUCAUAGCCGCACCGAUGCGUGUGCUGGAUAGUGGGCUGGAACUGCGCCCCGCCCUCAGCGCCCUCAUGCCUCGAAACAAGCGAAAAUUAAAGAAGUCAAAGUACAGCGACGCCUGCCCCUCCGACUCCUCGGACAGUGCUGCCACCUUGAGGCACCAAGCCGGCCCGGUGUGCCCGCAUAUUCCGAAGGCCGUUAACCUCGCGGCGAUACGCAAAAACAUCCGGCGUGCGAUCGGAGCAUGUCAGACGUGCAACGCGGCGACACCUGGUGGCGGAAGCGGAGGCGAGGAGCUCCACCUGGAGGCGGACGAGGACGGCGCGGCGACGACCACAGUGUGGCUGUGUCUGCAGUGUGGAAACCAGGGUUGCGGCCGCACCAGCAGGGGGCAGCACGCGCUGGAGCAUUACAACACUCCGCACUCGGUCUCUCACUCGCUGGUGAUCCACACGACCGCCUGGGCCGUCUGGUGCUACGACUGCGACACAGAGGUGGCGCCAUCUAGCAGCCGAAAGCUGCUCGAAUGCAUCGAGUUUGUGCGCAAGCGCGCCGGCGUCGGCAAGACCGAGGCGCCUCCUGGUGGAGACAGGCCCGGAGGUCGCGAGAACGACGUCGCCAUGGCAACGACCCACAACAAGCCGGCGGCGGCCACGGCAACGACGGAGAUUGCCGCGGAUGCUGCUUCUGCGGCGGGGAAAGGGAAGAGCCGUCCGAGUCAGAGUCUGUCUAAGGUGAAGGGACUGUGUAACCUAGGCAACACAUGCUUCUUCAACGCUGUCAUACAGGUAGGCACGUGGCGACAUCUGGCGGGCGAGAUGUACGCUAUCUAG